AGGAAACCAGUGAGCCAGGUGUAUUCGAUGUCAGUCAUGACCACAGCUCCAUGCCGGUAGCUGCGAGAAGGGAGCAGACAGAGUGAGGAGCCGUCAAGGGACACAGGAUGGUGAGGUGCUGGAAGCGUUCGGGGAACCAUUUGGAAGAAGCACAGUGUACGGAUGCGGGCCCUGACGUGGGGUCCCCCCACUCCCACUUCCCACACAAGGCAUUCUGGGUCAGCCUUUCAGCGCUUCUGCUCCUGCUCAUCGGCGUCCUCGGCCUGGCGGGGCACCUGGGGCUGUCUCGGGCUGAUUCUCAGCCUUCACAGGUCGUGAGAAUCACAGCUAUCGAUCAGACCGGACUUCUGAUCAACCAGUCAGCAGUUGUGGAUCAGCAGAACGACCUGGUGACAUUUUCUGUGACCUCAGCUGCUAAUCAGACGUCCACUGUGCUCUUUGACGUAAAUCAUGGAUUGAUAUGUUACAGGCCUGUUGACCAGGACGGCUGCUUCCUACAAACAAUGGAGCAGUCAGACUAUGACAAUGUGAACCCUCUCCUCCAGGAAUCAACGCACAAGACCCACUUUCAGCUGUCUGUGAAUGCGACGCAGAGGCAGACGGCGUUCCUGGGAGUGCUGGGAGCCAGCGAGGUGAACGCGUCCUCACUGGAGGACCCCGUCCAGGCCAUGUGUCAGGACAGGUCCGUCCACUGGACCCGGAGGGCCGAGGGCCCAGGAAAACAGAGGCUGGUCUACUUCUGCAUCGACAUCUGCUUUCCCAGCAACAUCUGCGUGUCCGUGUGUUUCUACUACCUGCCCGAGUGACUCAACUUUUUCUAUCCUUCCAGUGAGAAGAGCAAGGAAACAAAGUUUCCUUUUUGUUUUCGAGCUCUCUCAAGAAAAAAAAAAAAAAAACCCCAGCAGAACAAGAGUCAGCUUUCACCGUUUCCUCCGUGUCAUGCUGUCACCGGUGAACCAGUGAAGCAGCCAACACUUCCAGUGCAUUUCAUGCUUCUGUGAGAGAAAAGAAAGGCUGUUGUCGUUAUCUGUUCAUCCCCAUCGCCACUCUUCACGUAUAAUCCCCUUUCUGAUGGCAAAUGUCCGAGAUUACGGAAGAAAAAUCCUUUUGUUUUGUUAAUUAUUAAGUCUAACCAUCUCUGAUGUGAUGCUUUGAUCUGUUAAAUAAAACACAUGCUGUUGGUAUAUUUCACCAAUUCUUCUUAAUUUGUCGUAAAAAACAAGCAAGACUUUGAGGAUUUAGAAUUGUCUGUACAUUGUUUAUUCCCAACAUUUGUUUGUCCAAGUGGGAACAUCAGGAAAAAAAGAGCAUCAAUUGAAUGACACAAACCACAUUUGAGGAAAUUAUCUAUUGUACAGCUCUUCUAACACAACGUGAAUAACGUGGUCCUUUUGAUUAAAUAAAUAUAGUUUUCUGU